AUGAGUGGAAAAGUCGUGUGUGCCAAGGAUAGGACUACACUGCAUUCGAUGCAAUUUGAGCAUCCCAUCCGAGCUUCGGCGACGAUGCAGGCUGUGUUUCCUCAUCUGUUUCAACUAGAGGAGGAAGUCGACGUGCCCAAAUUGCUGCGCAAUUGCGAGACCAACAUGCACUUAGGCAUUAUAAUACUGGAGUUCUGGUGA